AUGCCACACGCGAUAGCGGACUCAGACGACGACAGCGAGUCUGAAAUCUUCGUCAAUGGCGGUGCGGAGGGCAAUGGACAGGCUUCAGCGGUAGGCAUGGAGGUUCUUGGGAGAACGAACGAGACACAGAGUACUGGAUCAACUGAACGAUUAAGACGACAGAUGAUGUCAGCAGAACAAGGCCUCAUGGCGACCAACAACUCCGCCCCGGCCAGGCCACGAGCUUCUGCUUCAUCACCGCUGGAUCACGCGAAGAAGCGUCGGCAUAGCGAACUUGCUGGACCCGACCAUGGCCUAGGAGCGGAAACGAGUGUGAAACGGGUCAAGCGCGUGCAAACGUACGGAAGCCGUCGCCAAAGGACCGUUCUCGACGAAGAAGACGAAGACGUGGCCGUGAAGACGUCGCAAUCCGCUCGCUUUUCGGAACACUCUGGUGUCCACUCUUCUGCUGAGCUGCCGACUGGCUCUGGCCCGAUCGCGGGCGAUUUUGCGAAUCACGAGCCAGCUGUCAUGUUCACGGACUCUGGGAGUACAGUGGAAGCGUCAGUGUCCGAGCAGCAGAGGUUGCUUAAUGAGGCGUUGCAGCCUAGGCUUCCGCAACAGAUGACUACUUAUCCUGCUCCUGCUUCAGGUGCUGAGGCGAACAAGCCGAGCUCGUCGUUGGCGUGGCUGGAGUCGCAGCAGACGCCGGCUACGAAUGGCAAGGCUGGUGGCGGAGGACUGUCCGAGGCAAGCGCUGAGUCGAGAGACAAUGUUGAAGGGGUCGCUUAUGGAGGCGGAGAUGGACUGGGUGCUUCUGCAGACCAGCAGCAGAGUUCUGGUAGUGGCGAUAGCGGCGAACAGCACACCGACACUUCAACGAACACAGACCCUGAGAAGGCUGAUAAAGAAUCAACACAGAGUCAGGAUGAGCCAGACGCCACGCCUUUACCUCAAGCACCGUCUCUCACAGCUCGCCGAAGUCCGAUGGUGGAGAUCAUGACCACGGCAACCGCCACGGCAGUCUCUCCAGCAAUCUCGCCAACAGAAUCCACAAGCGCUCUCAAGUCCACCAAAGGCCGUCGCCGUAAGUCUCAAGCUACUGAUCCGGAUUCAGAGCCGCUCAACUCGGACGACAAGGCUAUUGGGCUGCCCAAGGAGCGGUAUGUCCCACGCCCAAGCAGGAGACGAGCAACUGCUGCUUUGGAGGAGCCGAUCGACUACUCUGUGGCACCAGAGAAGGUCGCAAAGAAGAAGCGCACGAAGUCUACUGAGGAAACUGCUAAUAAAUCACACGAGGACACCUCCGAGCUGAUGGCAAACAUCUUGAAAAACCUGGGCAACCAGCAAUUCCAGCCGCCACCACAGCAGAAUGUGGAUGGUUUGCCACCCACGCCGAAGGCUCUUGAGGCUCGCAAGGACGAUCCACCUCCUGAUGCUCCGAAGCCAGACGAACAAGCUGGAUCGCCACAAGCCGUUGCCGACGAGAAGCAAGGUUCUGAAGAGCCUUCAUCAUCAAUUGCUGUGAAAUCAAAGGAAGAGCACAUCUUCGUCAAGCCAGCGAUGCCGACACCCAAGCCCAAGCAAUCUGCCAAAGCGAGGCGCUCCCACACGACCAUCUUCGAAGAUCACGUUGAGUUCAUUGGCUCACAACGCUCAUCGCCCAGCCUCAGCCAGCAGCAGGCGAAACGCAAAUCAGCCCUGAAGAAUCCCAAGGACGAGGCAGCUGAUACGUCGUCGAGAAAGCGAAGAAAGGUCGUCCAGGACGAUGAGGAUGAUGAGGACGAGCUCGCCAUUGUUGAGGAAGACGAAGAAGAGCAGCCGCCACCGAAGAAGCGCGCUAGGGGACGCCCUCCGAAAGCGGCUGCUAAACCAAAGGCCAAGUCCGCUGAAGUCGUUCACGAUAACUCUGACGGCGAGGCUCAGCCUGAGUCCGAAGUCGACGAAGCUCCGAAGAAGGCCACAAGAGGUCGUCCCUCGAAGUCAACUGCCAAAUCACAAGCGAAAUCUGCUGAGAUCGUUCGUGAUGACUCUGAUGACGACGUCCGCCCAGUUGCUGAGGUCACGGAGGCGCCGAACAAGGCCACGAGAGGUCGGCCAAAGAAAGUGAAUGGUGCUGAGAGUGAGAAGGAGAAUGAGCCUGUCAAGCCGCCGCAAGGGCCUGAAACUGAGCCUGAGCGUGAUGUCAACAAGACCACUGAGGAUGCUUCCAUCUCGACGCCGCAGAAGCCACAGCAGGAGCUACCCACGCCAUCGCCCGACAAGCCAGCAGAGAAGCCAACUGAGAAAGCAAAAAAAAGCCCAGCCGCUGCAACGUCUCAGAAACCAACCAAAGCGAGCCCGACCUCCCACAGCCCGAUCAAGAACUCUUCUGCUGUCCCUCACAGAGUUGGGCUUAGCAAGAGAUCUCGCAUCCCGCCAUUGCUGCGUGUGAUGAACCCGCCGAAGCGCUGA